AUGGCGCCGUCCCUCGAACAGACCGAGUCGGUAGCCGACGUGCUCGCCAACCCGCUCAAGCAGAAGCCGCAGCUCGUCGCCCCGGAGCCGGCGCACUGUCCCGGACCCGAGUCUGAGCAGGCCGGCGCGGCCGACUCGUGCGCGGGGUGCCCGAACCAGGCCAUCUGCGCGUCCGCGCCCAAGGGCCCCGAUCCCGACAUCCCCGUCAUCGCGGCGCGCCUCGAAAACGUGCGGCACAAGAUCCUCGUGCUCAGCGGCAAGGGCGGCGUCGGCAAGAGCACGUUUACGUCGCUGUUGGCGCACGCGUUUGCGACCAACCCGCGCAGCAACGUCGGCAUCAUGGACACGGAUAUUUGCGGGCCGAGCAUCCCCAAGAUGAUGGGCGUCGAGGACGAGACAAUACACGUGAGCGGCUCCGGCUGGACGCCCGUCUGGGUCAUGGACAACCUUGCCGUCAUGAGCAUCCAGUUUAUGCUACCGAGCCGCGACGAGGCCGUCAUCUGGCGCGGGCCCAAGAAGAAUGGCCUCAUCAAGCAGUUCCUCAAGGACGUCGAAUGGGGCGACCUCGACUUUCUGCUCGUCGACACGCCGCCGGGCACAAGCGACGAGCACCUCAGCGUCAACUCGUUCCUCAAGGCAAGCGGCAUCGACGGCGCUGUCGUCGUCACCACGCCGCAAGAAGUCGCGCUGCUCGACGUGCGCAAGGAGCUCGACUUUUGCCGCAAGGCGGGAAUCCGCAUCCUCGGGCUGGCCGAGAAUAUGAGCGGCUUCGUGUGUCCCAACUGCAAGAACGAGAGCCAGAUAUUCAAGGCCAGCACUGGUGGCGGCCGCGCCCUCGCCGAGGAGAUGGACAUACCGUUUCUCGGCGCCGUGCCGCUGGAUCCUCGCAUCAGAAUGGCCUGUGACUACGGAGAGAGUUUCUUUGAUUCGUUUCCAGACAGUCCAGCAUGCAAGGCCUUUCAAGGGGUAGUGCGCAAUUUAGCGGAGCAACUGGGACUUGAUACCCAAGAUAUAUUACCGGAAUAA